CAAAAAGCGAAAGAAGACAUUCCAUUCAAAGUCUAUACCAGUUACAAGAACUCUUCUAUCCUAGUUACAAGAUCUUUUCUAUCCUCUUCUCUCCAAGUCACAAGAACUCUUCUAUCCACGUUACCCAAAAUGUCAGACUCGGAGAGCAUGCCUCCUCUAUACGUCCCAAAAAAGCGCAAGGCGGAAGAACUUGCAGAUCUUCGCAACGAGAAACGGCAGCUCGAACUCGAGGCGAAGGAUGCCCAAAAGAAGCUAAAACCUCGGGGUUCUUUCGACGCGGAAUUCUGGACAACGGCGACGGAAGUCGAGUCACUACAUCUUCGAAAAACCAGAGUCGUGUCGGACAUCUCCAUCUCAGAGUUUCAAGGCAAAACGUCGGAUUGGGAAAGAACUGAUGUGGCAAGAAACCUCUUUGAGCAAAUAAGGGCUCAAGAAUACCGAGUUAGGAAGUUCAAGGCCCAGAGCGAGCAGCUUUCUCAGAAUAGCCGGACACGACGCUUUUGUGCCAGCUUCAUGAAGCUUUUUACCACGAGUACUUUAGGUUUGGGUGCCAAGGAGCGGGCUGGAGCCGGAAAGCGGGAUUCGAGCGAACAAAGCUGUUUUCGUGCCGAAUUGAUGUUACAAUACAAAAGCAUGCACGACACGCAGGACUUUGCCUGGUGUCCUAUCCUAGGCGAAUAUGUGGAAGUAGAAUCUGUUACGGCUUCCCAUCUCUUCUCAUAUAAACACGGACAGGCAACUAUGGAUGCCAUAUUUGGCAAGACAUCACCACCAGAACUCUUCUCGGCCAAAAAUGGCUUGAUAAUGUGUUCCAAAAUUGAGAAGGUUUUCGACUCGGGAGCAAUUGUGAUUGUCCCCGAUAUACCAGAAAGGCCACUACGAUCAGCGCUCCAAGAAUGGAUUCAGAAGGAAACUCGCGAUUACAAAACCAAAAUCAUCGAUCCAGCAGGAUUGAAGAUGGAAAAGGAUAUUAUAGCUAUUGGAGGUCUAAAGUGGAAAGAUCUUGAUGGGAGGAAACUCCAGUUUAAAGGCGAUUUUAGACCUGCCGCACGAUACCUGUAUUUUCACUACUGUUUACAAAUCCUAAGAAGGGCCUGGCGUGCUGGUCCUGGGCAGCAUGCAGCCUUCACGCUGCAGGAAGAACUAGGAAAACCAGUUUGGGCCACUCCGGGCCGCUACAUUCCCAGGAAUAUGUUGUUGGCUUUCGUCGAAGAGCUCGGACACAGAUACUACGACAGUAUUAUUAUAGGGGCUACCAGAAGGAGAGGGAGACCGGGCAUCCUGAUGGAUGCAGCUGCGGCGCAAAUCGCGAACAAGGAGGAGGACAAGGAAGAUGUCAGUGACACAGACAGUGGGAGUGAAGAUUGA